AUGACUCGGUCAAGGAGCGGCAGCGAAUCCGAAAAGGAUGAUGUCCGCUCUCCCACUCCCGAUAACAUUGAAGCCUCAAAGAAAUUGGGGGAAGACGAACGGUCGAAACCUUCGGAAGUACAGGGAUCCGAGAUGAGGAAAUCACGCUCGAGAAGUCGCAGCAAAUCGGUUGAUGAAGUCCGCUCUCCUCCUAGUUCUGACGAAGAUGUCCGAUCUAAAAAGAAGACCGAUGAUCGUGCAAAGGAUUCCUCUGAGAAACGUCGAGCAAGAAAGAAGGAUGAACAGAAAAAAGCUGAAGAAAAGGCGGAAGAAGAGAAGAAGGAGAAGAAAGAACCUUUGGAUUUGCUUAGAACAAGAACUGGAGGAGCUUACAUACCUCCUGCAAAACUUCGUAUGCUGCAAGACCAGAUACAAGACAAGGUUAUCCUUUUCAAGAUCUACGAAAAUUUCUGA